CGCAGCUUAACACAAUUAACAAAAAGUUGCAGAACUGAGCUGCAUGAUUAUUGAAAUUGAUAACUUGACAACAAUUUCACGGAAGAGUUUGGAUAAUUUGGUGCAUUUGCUUUCAACGAGUCGAGAUUUUUGGUGCAAUACGCAAUAUGGAUUCGCAGUCUUGUAAUCAAGGUGGAUGUACCGUGGUCGAGCAGGGUGAUGCCCCUGUUUCUCGGCAAACCACCCCCGUGGUCAAACCUCUAAUCAACUACCGAUUUCAACGGAGCAGCAGCAAAAUGUGCAGCCUUAGUAACUUGGUGCUAGCACUGCUGAUCAUUCUAUCGACGACCUCUUACAGCCCAGUACUUUCGGCGUCGAUAAGCCGCAAUGUUCGAUCAACAACCUACGAGGCAGAGCAGAUCUCUUCCCUAAAUGAUUACUUACAAGAAUUGUUUGAGUACCUCUACGACUGCCACAUUGAUAAUGAGGAAAUAUGUAUUCUCCAGGAUUUCAGAGUAAGACGAUUUGCAGACCCUACUGUGGCUCCUGUUAACGUGGUCGUUAACAACUUACCCGUAGCCUUGGCCUCCCAAAUCAUCUUGGAGAAUGAGUCUAAUGAGAUUCUUCCUAUUCUGCACCAUCAAUUAAACAUCUACCGACGGGUCUUCGAACGUAUAAUGACAGAUGAAAGUCACGUGGUUCCUGUAGGAGAUAGUUUCCAUGGUAAAUUUACCCACGCCAGAAACUGUAUCACCGCGAUGAUUAGACUCACUCAGCGAUACAUGGAAUCACGUAACUACAGUGUUUUGGCUGUAGAUAAUUAUCCAGAAUUUGAAGAUACAACAAACAGCUUAGUGUUCUCUCCCAGAACCCUCCACGUCUUAAUCGAGUUUAAGACAAUCCUUACCAGGUUUGAAUCGGCUUUGAGUCGGCUUUGAGUCCAGUCAAUGGAGAGGGAAGAAAACAUCAGUCAAUAUAGCAGCUGAUUUCUUGAAAUGUUUCAUUUUCCUUCCUUUUUCAAAGAAUAUUCCUUUUUAUUUGUUUCUUUACUCGGUCGGUAAUGACCCUAAUGUUUAAGUAUGGUGAUAUUCACCGCUGUCGUAUCAGUUGUCAGCCUAUACUAGGGUUUGAAUCUUUCUACUUAACUGUUUAUUUUACUACAAUUGAUUUGCUCCGUUUUGAAUACAUCUAUUGGAAUCUUUAACAAAAUUGCCUAUUCAAUAUCAUGAUGUAUUCAUACAUGUAGACUAAAAAAUUCACUAUGAUUACAUUAAAAAUUACUGAAAUUUCAAAUUCUACGAAAAUAUAUAAUCAUAUAUAUUACAUACUCGUGUAUUCCACGUUGAGGAUAUCAGACAGUAAUGUUUAUAACAGUACUAUAAGCUUAUGUGCUCUGUCUGUCAUUUAUUGUUUUUGCCGUUCUGUAGUACUAAGUACUAUAGGAAAGGUACAAUGUAUUGUGUUUUACGUUGUAUUCAGGAAUAUAUAUAUAUUUAUGUUAUUUAAUAGCAUGUUUAUUUAUGACAAUAUUUAUGUGAAACAGUAUUGUACUAUUCAUCUCAUCUUGAAUAUAUUUAAUUAUUUAUUGAAGAAACAAUAUUAUUAUUAUAAAGAAUCACCUUGAUUUAAAAGUAGCAUAGCAACUCCAAAUUCAGACUACAUUUAUUUUUUCUCAUCUCUGUUCAAAUUUGAUGCGAGAAUCAUCAUUCAAUUGUGCAUAAUCAUUUCCUUAUAUUUAUGAUAGUGAUACAGUCAUGAGUUCUUUCUAAAAUGUGAUAAUAAUUAUUAUAGUAACAUUUAUAUAGCGCUUAAGACUAUAGUGUUUUUAAGCGCCGUAGAAAUGUGACACGUACAUCUUUUUAUUAACUCUUGUGAAGUCAAUAAUCGGGGACCAACUGAUUAUUCUAUAACUUACUAAAGAGUGUUUAAAUGAGCAUGGUUUGGAUAUCAUAUGACGUUUUUGAUGAGAGGGUUUUAUAUCAGAAUGCUUGUCAUUGUUAUGUUCUUUCAGAAUCUUAACUUCACCAAUAAGAUUAAUAUAAUAUUGAAUCCAUAAGCGCAUUUUGCUUUCAAAAAUAUUGCGGGGAGAGAAGAUAUAUGUACCAUUUAACACAUUUUAAAACAUAUUUUUCAUUUUUUUAUUUAUUGUUCGGAAUGCCAAUUAUCGAAUGUUAAUUAAGAUUAUUAGCUUAUUUAUAUCUCUUUAUAUUCAGCUAUUCAUGUUUGAUGCAAUAUUUACUUGUAUUCUUCUAUUACACUAUGUAACGUCCAUAUUGUAAUAUAAUUUAAUGUUUUAUCACGAGUGUAGACAAAUUUAGUGUUGACAAGUGUAGCUUUGUGGGUCAGUUUCCACAAGAUAAUCUUUUCUCUAAUUGUAGUUUUGUAAUUCACGAAAAUAAUAUAUAAUAGAUACUUGAAUAUAGAUUAAGAUAUGUUAUUAUUUAAGGGGGGUGAUAAAUUUGUCACAAACCUCAGUGCACGAGGUCAAUAUUUUGAUCGUAUAUUAUGAUCAUUUUCUUUUUUAGGUCUGUGUAUAAUAUUUGCCUCAAAUGAAUGAAUGCAAUUGAUUUUUUAAAUAGUUCCAUCUCUUGAAAGUUUUAACUGAAAUUUUUAUCCUAAACACUCAUUCAUAUGCAAAUACCAUUAAAAGGGAAUCAUAUGCAACACAAAUAUACUGCCUUUAGUGGGUUUGACAUGAAUAGUUACAAAGCAACAAUUGUAAAAGAGUUAAAUCAUUUACUUCCUUCACAAACGGGAAUCAAUUAUAAUUAUUCUAUGAAUAAUGUAAUAUAUAGUACCAUGUCAAUAGCAUUGUCAUAUGAACGGAUGUACGUGCAUUACAUUUGUACUUCAAGCCGUAAUGAGAUUCUGAAACGUUAUAGGCAUACCAUAAUCAUUCCUCUUUUCCAGCCUUUACACUACAAGACGUAUUCUUGCAUACCGGUAAACUGUACAUAUAUUUAAAACAGUCAAAAUUAUACAUUUGAGGUAAAAGAACAAUGAACUAUGAAGCAUGAAAUUAUGAUCAAAAUCCUUUAUAUUUUUCUUUUGUUGAGUUCAGCUUGGUACGAUUACUAUUGUUUUCGUAUUAUAGUUUUUGUUUACAUCAUUUUUUAGUUAAAUUAUAUACCAAUUUUAUCCAAUACGAAGGAGUAGAAUUACCAUUACUUAUGUUGUGUUCCUCUUUUAGGUCUAUUAAUACUUGUAGUUUAGAAUAUCUUUCUCGGUCAAAUCAUAUUUAUACAUUUACGUUGACGAGCUAUGAAACAAGGUUACAGUCAAUAUUUGAUUUAUCGUUGAGUUCGGCGUCCAUUUUGUACCUAUGCUUAUGCUUGUGUUGUGCUUAUUAUUUCAUGUAUCAGAUUUAAUGUUACAACAUUUAUUUUUGCAAUCUGAAAUCUGUAGUGUAGUAUUUAUUUGUAACAAAAAAGUUGAUUGUAUAAUUUCGUUGAGGAAAUUAUAUUAUAUUAUAUCAUAUGAAUUGUACCUUGAAUAAUUGUGUGAUUAUCUAAUGAGGAAUUUUAUCUUUUAUCGUACUAUACAUAUUAUCAAUGUUGGGAUUGAGGGUGUGUGAAAAGAAAAUUGAUAUAUUUCUAAAACUUUUUUCUACCUACCAUUUGCUGCCUUGCUUAUUGCGUAAAUUGUUUCACAUUAAUACACAUUUAUCUAUAUAUAGCGGAAAGAAAUGUUGCUUCGCUAUCUAUCAUAUUUAUUAUAUUUUACAAUAAAUGCUUGAUUUCAUGCACCACA